AUGCGGAAUUUGGCUCGCACUACUCCCCCCCGCGACCCUCCCUCUCCCGGGGCAGUCGGUCCUCCAAUUCCUGCUCCUUUCCCUAUCCCUCAAUAUGCGGCAUCUGAUUCCCAAGUUGAGGAUACUCCAGCCUCAGAUGCGGUCGAUACCGAGAACGUUGACCAGCUUCGGUCCGCGUUGAGAGCAGAAAUGGCGGGCGGCUGGGUUACCGGGGGUGCAGCAUUUGUACCUAACGUCAUUCAGCCGAGCGAGAACGAGAAGGGGUUUUCAGACAUGCCGUCUGAUGAAGAGGUCGAGAAAUUCCUCGAGACUUACAACGGUUUCAAGUGGACUAGUUGCCAUGGCACCCCUUCAAAAGGGCCGGGGGAUGGUGCCAGCGCGAGCGGUGCCCGGACACGUACGUCGUUGCACCCUAGGAAAGCCUCAGGCAAUAGACAUCCAGCACCUAGUAGCCAGUCACCCGAAGACUCUCGGCCCCCCUGGUGGACCUGGACGUGCCUGCCAAACGACCCAGACGAGGAGGCUGAACUGGACAAACCAUUCGAGACCAUCAUGAAUGACAUACUGAAGUUUUUCGGCCGUUCGACUCGCCAGGCGAUCGCCACGCAUGGCCAGCAAAUGCCCCACUCGCGGGAUGUACACGCGACGGAGUUGAAGACCAGCCCGGACAUCUGCAUAAUUGGCCAUGGCCCCUCGAUCACAAAGGUCCAACGUUUGCCGAACAAGCCUGUGUAUACUCACGUAGCAGCGCCAAUUGAACUCAAGCACGAGAAAGACGCUUACGAGGGGAAGCAACCAAGCCUAGGAGAAUGGCAGGCCGAACCUCACACGAACCACAAGAUACAGCUAGCGGUCUAUGCCCGGGAAUGUUUCGUGCAGCAGCCCAAUAGACGCUUCGUCUACGGUCUCCUUCUUACGGAAAAAUAUGUCCGACUAUUCCAAUUUGAUCGGGCUGGCUGCUUGUUCUCGGGGCGUAUCCACAUACACAGGGACGCGCACAUGUUCGUCAAACUCAUCCUCGCGCUAUCUACCACGGACGAGGCAAAGCUGGGGUUCGAUACCCGGAUCCAUUGGGAGGAUCAAGACCUGUACUUCUCUCCCAAGGCAUACAAUACGGGGGAGAGGGACAACAUGCUGGGUCGUUGA